CUCAAAUGUCUAGAUGCCAAGCUCUCCACCUACUAGCUAGAGGCGUUUCUUUGGGGCAAAACCACAAACACCCAGAGUCCAUUGCUCGACUCGAGGCCGAUAGAGAGAGAGAGAGAGAGAGAGAGAGAGGGCGACAAUGUUCAUUUCAAGGAUUUUCGGUAGGACGCUAUUAUCUGCUGCCGCAUCCAGAGCCGAAGCUUCUGGUGCAGCAGCAGCAGUAAAGGCAAUACACCAUAACCCCCUCGAGGAGUUCUUUGAGGCAGACAGAAGCCAAGACGAGGACACACCUGUUGUCUAUGGCCGAAGUUGGAAGGCAUCUGAACUGCGUCUUAAAUCUUGGGAUGAUCUUCAGAAGCUAUGGUAUGUUCUUCUGAAGGAGAAAAACAUGCUUAUGACUCAGCGCCAAAUGCUCCAUGCCCAGAACUUACGAUUUCCCAAUCCGGAGCGGAUCCCCAAGGUGAGGAAAUCAAUGUGCCGGAUCAAGCACGUGCUUACUGAGAGAGCAAUUGAUGAGCCUGAUCCAAGGAGGUCAUCCGAGAUGAAGGGGAUGAUCAAUGCCUUGUGAUGUCUUCCUACUUUGGUAUUUCCUAUCAAUCUCCAAAUAUCUUCUCGUUGUACAUUUCUCAUUUUGGUGCCAUCAAUUUCAAUGUUUUAAUCAGUAUUUCGCUUUUAGAGCUAAGAAAUGGAACCCAUGCUCCUCAGCGGGCCCCACCUCGUUCUUCUUCUGCUUUUUGAUGGUGUUUUGGACAAGCAUAGUGAAUCAUAGCUUUUUCAAGCAUUUCUCACAUGAAUCAAAAUCUGUUAACUCUUCUGAAGACA